UCUCUCUCCAGGUCACCAGCAGUUCCUAUCUUUUUUCGUCUUUCUCUUCCUCUCUUCCUACGCUUCCGCCUUCAACCACACACAACACCUUCAAGAUGGCUCUUAAGAGAAUUAACAAGGAACUCACUGACCUCGGCCGUGAUCCCCCCUCGUCUUGCUCGGCUGGCCCUUCUGGAGAUGACCUGUUCCACUGGCAAGCAACGAUCAUGGGUCCUGGUGACUCCCCAUACUCCGGCGGUGUCUUCUUCCUCUCGAUCCACUUCCCCACCGACUAUCCGUUCAAGCCCCCCAAGGUCAACUUCACCACGCGCAUCUACCACCCCAACAUCAACUCCAACGGCAGCAUCUGUCUAGAUAUUCUCCGAGACCAGUGGAGCCCCGCUCUCACCAUCUCCAAAGUGCUGCUGUCCAUCUGCUCGAUGCUCACAGACCCCAACCCGGAUGAUCCGUUGGUGCCCGAGAUCGCUCACGUCUACAAGACCGACCGUCCCCGGUACGAAGCCACCGCUCGUGAGUGGACGCGCAAGUACGCCAUUUGAUCGUCCACCGGCAGUUCCCGUGGGACGACCCCUUCAAAUCGUCCCAGCUGCUUCUGUGUCUUCUUCCCGUGCGUUAGAUCGGAUCCGAAGCUCGGCAUCCCGUGAUCGUAGAUCCUGGCCUUGUUCUCGGUGAAUCCUUUUGUGUGUCUGGCUCUGGCGAUCCUUGGGUGUCCUUUUUUUUCCCUAUUCUCUUUUCUUUUUCCUUUCUUAUUACAUUUUUUUCUUUGCAGCCUUUUUUUCCUUCUGACGGGAAAAAAACUGUCAUCUCCAACGAUCAUUAUGACCACCUUCUUAUCAUGCAUUCAUGGCAUUAUCUUAAACUGAAAUGGAGUCGGAUUCUUUGUGUUUUCGUUUUCGUUUGACCUCUGCGCC